UUUUUUAUGUAGGAGCUCUUCCGUCCUCCUGAGCCUGGAUGCUGCUGAUGAACCCUCCUGUCUCCGGACGGAUCCGCUACAUUUGGCCGAGCUUCUGCGCCGAGUCGCCGGAUGAGAGACGCGACCAUCCGGCGCGGAUCAUGGAGUAAACAUGGCCAACAAUAGAAGCCUUUUCCUCGAAGCCCUGGAUAGAUCAGAGACCAAGCGAGAUGGAGGGUACAAGAACAGCUGGAGCUUUUCUCUUUCUGAUGCCAGUGAAGAGGAAAGACAGAGGAGGAGGCAUGAUGCGAGUGAGGUGAGCGUGGAGGAGAUGGACCGGCAGCCGCCGACCUCCCCCGAGGGGAAAAAGUCUCCUACUUUCAGAAACUUCACUUCCACCGAUCCCCUGCGGACGUAUGAAAACCGGCUAAAUAACCACAGGCCUCUGAACAGGCUGGCGCCAAAAAGACCCAGCGAGCCCCCCAUCACGGUAGCAACGGCGCCGCCGAUGCCCAACGGAAACAACUAUUUGAUCAUCAGUCCGGCGCCGUCACAAGGAAUCGUUUUACAGGGGCGACACUUUCAGCACGCACACAUGCCCACGGCAAUAAGGAAACCAUCCCAGAGGAACGACUUCUCCACCGCACCGCGGCCCGUGGAAGUGGAGAGCAUCAUCCUCACCUGUCCAGUGAUCCCAGAAGAGGAGACCUUGAACAUUAAGCGUCGCAUCCAGCAGAAGAGGAAACCCCUGGAGGACUGCUGUCCUUUCUCUUUGCAGAUUAAAACUACAGAGCCCCUCCGGCCGACCGUCUACCCCGCGGUGUGUUUGAAGUGCAGUAAACCGUGUGAGGACCGGAGCAGGUGUCAGCACUGUGGCAGCGUCCUCCCCCCCCAGCAGGCCUCCCUGUCCUCCCCGACGCCGCGGCCCCCCAUCAGAUCGCAGCCUUCGCCCGGACCAAACAGCCCCCAGCAGAACUUCUACAUGCGGGCGCCGUGUCUGGAGGCGCCGCCCGUACGAGUCAUGACCACCAGGGCCACGCCGCUGCCCCUCAGCAGCGCCCGGCCGCACCUCUUAGCCGGGACGUCCAGCUGCUGCGCCACCAGGAACUCGCCCAAAGGGAAGAGGACGAUGGCGGCGGCGGCGGCGGCGGCGGCGGCGUCUCAGCAGCACGAGCUCAACGACCCCAUCGUCUUGUCCAGCGACGAUGAAGAGGAGGAGGCCGACAACGCCAGCACGGGCAGCGUCAACCGACUGGACAGCGUCUCCCCUCGGCCCGCCGACUCCGCCCACUCCUCUCCGGCGCCCUCCGGAGGCCGAGUGGAGGCGGCGGUGAAGAGCGCCGGGGAGCUGGAGGACCUGGGCGCCGAAUUCUUCGACGACGUCAACAUGAAGAUUACGAUACCUCGAAGAGCCCGGAUGAAAGAUCAGUUUGGAAACCAGCCGCCUGAGCCGAGGCCAAAGAAAACCAAACUCAUGUCGGAUAAGUGCGACAGCAUCAUACUGGAGUGUCGGAGCGUGAGAGUAGGAACUCUGCGUCGGAUGGUGACGAAGCCCGUUGUUUUUUCUAUCGACCAAAUCCAGCUGGAAACUGAAGGCUCGGAGCCAGGCACCACGGAGAAGGUUUGCUUUCAGGCGUCGGAGCUGAUCAGCUGCGAGUGGUGCAGCGUCCGGAAACUUCCCGUCUUGUACUUCCAGACGACACCGGCCGAGUGUCAUCGGCUGCGUUCUCAGCUCCAGAUGUCCGGGGAGAAGGGAGGCCACUGGUUCGACUGCGCCGGAGACGAGUUGGAUGAGAAGUACAUCGUCCUGAUCUUCGAGAACGGCCUGGCCAUGAAGGAGCAGGUGAUCCUGGAGGACAUCCUGGGCGAGAUCGGCCAAACCAACCACCUGGACAACUUCCCCGCGAAGCUGACCUUCGAGGAGGCCAACAAGCGGCUGGUCAACUACAACAAGGCCACGAAGCAGAAGAUGGAGAAGGUGGAGCCCAACCAGAAACUGUCCCAGUCAUCUCCGAUCAAGGUCGCCACGGCGACGCCCGUCGCCAUGGUCACGCGCACCCGGAUGUCCACCCGGCAGCAGACCAGCGCUUACUCCGGGGACGGGGACGAGGACGAGGACAUGGCCGACCUGCAGACCACCUUCUCUGGACCCAUCAUCAAGUUGAUGGUGUACCCCCCACCUCCGGCCAAAGGGGGCAUAUCGGUGACUAAUGAAGACCUCCACUGCCUUAAAGAAGGAGAAUUCUUGAACGACGUUAUCAUAGACUUUUAUUUAAAGUAUUUAGUUUUAGAGAAGUUGAAAAAAGAAGACGCUCAACGAAUCCACGUGUUCAGCUCCUUCUUCUACAAGAGGCUGAACCAGAGGGACCGGAGGAACGGACCGGACGCCCCCAACCUGCCGAUCCAGAAACGGAAACACAACCGUGUGAAGACGUGGACUCGACACGUCGACCUUUUCCAGAAGGAUUUUAUUUUUGUUCCCAUCAACGAAUCGGCUCACUGGUACCUGGCCGUCAUCUGCUUCCCGGGCCUGGAGGGUCCGGCCUACGAGCAGAACCCUCUGUACCACGGGCCCGUCCCGGCCUCCUCCUCCUGCUCCACCUCCACCUCCGAAGACCUCCAGUCUGAGGAGAACAUCCCGGACCACUGCCGUCCUCUGUCCCCCGACGGAGACGGGCUGGACAGCCCCACGGACCAGCUGUCCCCCGGGGGUCCCGAGGGGUCCGCGGAGGGUCUGGCCGACGGAGACGUGGAACCCCCCCUCCCGGCGAGCCAGGAGUCCGGAGCCACGUCAGGAAACGGCCAAACAGACGGAGAGCAGCAGUACACGAGCGAGUUGCACAGAAUCAGCGUUUGCUACGGUUCAAGAAAAGGAGACGAUGACACAUACACGUUCUCUGACGACCAGAGCUCCUGUCAGGACGAGUGCAGUGAAGAUGGGACUCUGGGCGAAGAGGCCACGAGCUCCGACGCCUCCAGUCUUUCCUCCAGACCGAGCCUCUGCAAACAGCCUUGUAUUCUCAUCAUGGACUCCCUGCGAGGUCCGGCCCGGUCCACGGUGGUGAAAACUCUCCGAGAGUACCUGGAGGUGGAGUGGGAGGUGCGUAAAGGGAGCCAGAGGAGCUUUGGGAAGGACGUGAUGAAGGGUUCGAGUCCACGCGUGCCUCAGCAGGACAACUUCAGCGACUGUGGAGUCUACGUCCUGCAGUAUGUGGAGAGUUUCUUCGAGAAUCCGAUUCCUAGUUUCCAUCUCCCCGUGAACCUGUCGGAGUGGUUUCCUCAGCAGAGGAUGAAGACGAAGCGCAAAGAGAUCGAGGAGCUGAUCCUGAAGAUCCAGGAGCAACAAGAACUGGACAAGAAGGAGGCGGAGCCUGUUGAGACGCCGCGGGGCUCCGCCUCCGAGGAGCCCGAGAUCCAAGAGACGUCGGGGUCAAACUGUGGGGCUCCUAACUUACCCAUCAGCCCCUGAGACGACCACGACGACGAGUAGCCCCUCCUCCCCCUCCUCCUCCUCCUCCUCCUCCUCCUCCUCCUCCGUUGCUCUCGGACCGAGUGACGAGGGAAUCGAACGUGACCGUACGCUGCUGGUGUUACCUCCUCUCCUCCUCCUCCGUUAACCGCGUCAGAUCCACCUACGGAAGCGUUUCUGUGCCAUCAGAGUUUAGAGGAUGAAUUUCUAAAUAAAUUCACUUUACAAAAAAAAAUCUACAUCUCCAAAAAUUCAAGAUCUCAAAAAAAAAAUCCAAAUCUUAAAUAAAUUUUAAGGUUGAAUGUUUUGAAUUUUUGCAGACAUUUUUUUUGUUCUUAAACUGAAUUUAUUUAUAAAAUUCUUUCUCAAACUCCGAUGGCCCAGAAACGCUUCCGUAUCACCCUCCUAAAAGUUUGUACUGAAUAAAACCCGACCUGUAAAUACGCUGGAGUUUUUUCCCGCUGCCUUUGUAAUUUCCAGUUUUCUGACUCAUUCAUGAUGUGGCCGCGUUUUAAGUUAUGUUUUCAUAGAUGUUCUCUCUCUGCCGAGGGUCUGUUUAGGAGAUGCUGUUUCGCUCUUGCAUCAUUAUUUUUUACGCUUUCGAGUUGUGUAGAAGGAAAAAUAAUAAUAAUAAUAAUAUUAAUAAUAAUAAUAAACGGAGAAAAUUGCUGUUGUAAGUUUAUCAUCCACCCAUCUGGAGUUUAAAAAAUAAAAUAAAAUACAGUUUUACUUCCAGCUCACGAGCCACAUGCGUAGUCCAGUGCUUGUUGUGUCUCUUUUUUGUGGUGGAUGAAGUUUCAGCAUUAAAAACGUGGGAUGCAAGAGCACUUCA